UGCCUUCUCCUAACUUGCUUUCUCCUAAAGUGCCUUCUCCUAAAGUGCCUUCUCCUAAAGUGACUUCUCCUAAAGUGGCUUCUCCUAAAGUGCCUUCUCUAAAAGUGCCUUCUCCUAAAGUGGCUUCUCCUAACUUGCCUUCUCCAAAAGUGCCUUCUCCUAACUUGCCUUCUCCUGAAGUGCCUUCUCCUAAAUGCCUUCUCCUAAAGUUGCCUUCUCCUAAAGUGCCUCCCCCUAAAAUACCUUCUCCUAAAGUGCCUUCUCCUAACUUGCCUUCUCCUAAAAUGCCUUCUCCUAAAGUGUCUUCUCCUAAAGUGCCUUCUCCUAAAGUGCCUUCUCCUAAAGUGUCUUCUACUAAAGUGCCUUCUCCUAAAGUGUCUUCUUCUAAAGUGCCUUCUCCGAAAGUGCCUUCUACUAAAGUGCCUUCUCCUAACUUGCCUUCUCCUAAAUUGCCUUCUCCUAUAGUGCCUUCUCCUAAAGUGCCUUCUCCUAAAUGCCUUCUCCUAAAUUUGCCUUCUCCUAAAGUGCCUUCUCUUAAAGUGCCUUCUUCUAAAGUGCCUUCUCCUAAAGUGCCUUCUCCCAACUUGCCUUCUCCUAAAGUACUUUCUCCUAAAGUACUUUCUCCUAAAGUACUUUCUCCUAAAGUACUUUCUCCUAAAGUACUUUCUCCUAAAGUACUUUCUCCUAAAGUACUUUCUCCUAAAGUGCCUCCUCCUAAAGUACUUUCUCCUAAAGUGCCUCCUCCUAAAGUGCCUUCUCCUAAAGUGCCUCCUCCUAAAGUACUUUCUCCUAAAGUACUUUCUCCUAAAGUACUUUCUCCUAAAGGGCCUCCCCCUAAAGUGUACCCUAUCUCUUCCCCACGUUCAUCCCACGUUAGGUAG